CUGAUCGAGUUGAACAGAAGGAACAUGGAAUUAAACCGUAAUAUCACCACGUUGUUUCUAUGUGCAGUGAACGAUACAUUUCUGGGUACAUUUCUAACAAAACUACUUUUCACGAAAUAUCACGACAAAUGAUAUUAUCGGUUAAUUUAUAACGAUUCGAUUUGAAAAACGAAAAUAUAAAAAUUAUUUAACAAAAAUUUAAAUUUUUGUUGAACGAUUAAAAAUUUGUGAAGUUAACCUAUACGUUUAUAUUCAAUUACGAAUAAUGACACAUUAUCAAAAAAAAUUUCGCACAUUAAUAUCAUGAAAAGAUUACUAGUAAUUAAUUUUUAAAAAUUAUAAAAAAAAAUUACAUAUUUCGUUAAAUAUUAUAUCAUUCAUGCUAUUCACUUACGAAUUUAAAUCGAACUUUUAAUAUAAAAAGAUAUUUAAAGUAGAUUAUAAAAAAUUCGAUUAAUAAUUAAUAAUUUUUUAUAAAAAUAUUUUUAUAUUUUCAUUAUGUUCACGUUUUCAAAACGAGUCGAUCGUAUCAAUCGAUAUUCGUUGCAUUUCGUAAAACGUGGUUUUACUUAGGAAUAUAUUUUUUUCUCACAAUCAAACGUAACCAAUAAUGUUUCAAUGGUGAUGUAAUUUAAGAAAAAUUAAAAAAGUAUGUCUAUCGAAGAUAGCGAAAUUUCCGUGACCAUCGAAUUUGGAGGUGGGGCAGAAUUACUUUUCGAUAAAAAAAAAAGGCACGAAGUAAACUUACCUGGAGUAGAUGAAUGGACCAUACAAAAGCUACUUUUCUGGAUAACAGAUAAUCUGUUAAAGGAACGACAGGAACUUUUUAUACAAGGGGAUACCGUGCGUCCAGGAAUUUUGGUUCUUAUAAACGACAUCGAUUGGGAAUUAUUGGGCGAAAGCAAUUAUAAAAUAAAAUCAGGCGAUACGAUAUUAUUCAUAUCCACUUUACACGGAGGAUAAGAAAGAUAUGGAAAAAGAAAAUUGGAAAAAGAAAAGAUAAAAGUCGAUGCAAAGAAGAUCGAAGAUAGUACCGUAUAAUAUAAUAUAAAUGGAAUCCGAGGUUAGAAAAACAUGAUAAUUUCGCGGAAUGUUUGUACGAUGGCGAGAUACGUGAAUAUAUACGCAUAACGUAAAAAAAAAAAAAUAAAACGUUUAUUCGUACAA